GGAAAGGAUACCUUACGUUCCCUUCUCCGUAAUGCUAAUAUCCAAGAAAAACACGAAGGGGCUGCUUAUAAAUGCACUGGAAUGAACAACAUUACCGGCUGGUCGAGUAAAAAAUCAGGGUAUAUUGACCUGAUUUAUAGCUGUGAGUUAUUUAAUUUCUUAUUUCUAAUACAACACACGGAUUCGCAAAACUACCUCCUUUCAAUCAGGUUCUUAAAAAAAAACAUAAUACCAUGUUUCCCCUGUAAGCAAUGGAAAGUAUCCCAUUAAGACUAAGAGGGACAGCUCAUUCUCUCUUGAUUAAGACGGAAUUAAAUAUUGGCUGUUUCAUAUUUCAAACAACAUAUUAACUUAUUGCUAACUGAAUUUAAAAAAAUGUAACUGAAAAUUUCGUGCCACCUUCCUCCUCCAUUCAGAAUAAAUGGACGCUGGAAUUUUUGUUUGUUUACCCCUCGGGCCACAAGGGAUAAGUAAAUAAGUAAAUAAAUAAAUAAUGAUUUAGUGGCACUAGCUCAUCCACAAAGUGGUUCUUUGUCUACCAUUCUGGCUCAAAUUUACCCUGCGCAGCUGGUGGGAUUAACGUGGGAGUGAUGUGUUGUUUUGGUGGCAAUGGCGGAAUAAGGGUGAGAACCAACAAACUCAACCUGGCCGGCCACAUAUGAAGUUGCCUGAGGAAUCAAGCACAGGACAGUCAUUAAUGAGAGGGGGUGUUCUCACCUGAAAUUCAGUAGAACCUCUAUAUAACGAAGUCCUCGGUAUAAUUCACAAUUAUUCCACUUAUUCCACGAGUGUGCGUUACAUAUAAGAUGGUAGGGGAGCCAACGAGACGCGUAGCACCGAGUUGGCUUUAAUCAUCUCAUAUCCAACAAGUGCUAGUGGAAUAAUUAUUCUAUUAAAAACGCCCAAAAAAUAUCGAGAAUUCUUCCCGACUUUAUCUGCAAACCAACCCACUUUCAUCUUGUUUUUAAUUUUGAGCAGACGCGUACAGUUACCAUAUUUGAAGAGCAUGGUAUAACGGCUCAUAUACCAUGAUGGCUAAGCCAAUCAGAGCUCUAGAAUUGCAUUAUCCAAUGAUUCAAUUUUUAAUAAUAAGCGAUAUUCUCCUCCCCAGAAAUAAUACAGUCAAGCCCCGCAAAUCCUGACACUAAAGGGGCCGUACUGAGAAAGAGUCCGUAUUAACGGGGUCAGCUUAUUAAGCGGGUAGAAAAUGUAAGGGCGUUCUGUCCCCAGGGAGAAAGCAAACUGUCCGUAACAAUGAGAUGUCUGUAUUGAGUGGGUUUCCAGACUUAAGCAGGGUUUGACUGUACAAUAAAUAAAAAGAACCUUAAUAUAACGGAACUUCUUUAUAGUGAGCAUAUUUUGCCAGUCCUUUGGGUCUUCGUUCAGCUGUUCGUUAUAUCGAGAUUCCAAUGUAAAGUGUUAUGUGGUUGUUAAAAAGAGAAAACGAGACGCCGAAUAGCUAUUGAAAUCAACCCUUAUUAGCACAGGCCAUAUUGGUGGGAGGUAAGAGAAGAUCAACCGUUCGUUGGAGCGUCUGUAACGACGGCGUGACGUGAGACAACUCGCAAAAGAGGGAACCAGUGGGAUAAACAAAAUCAACACGUGAAAACUACAAAGCGUUUUGAUGCCCCAUAUAUUAUCACAAAUACUCAGGAGGGGAGGGUAAGAGUAAGAAUGUUACCCCCUACGGUUGCACAAAAAAUGGUAACGAUUUUCAAAUAAUAUUUGCUCAUUAUAUCUUUUUAUCAUCUAAUACAGGUCUCUUGCCUAAGGCUCCGAAGAUUUCUUAUCGCGAGGUUUCGGUGACAGCCUACUCCAAUGUCAGUUUAAAGUGCGAAGUAGGUGUUAGGCCAAGCGACUGUUAUGACAAUUCUUUACAGUGGUAUUUUAACAACAGCUCAGGGGAAUUAAAAUUUGGUGAAAAGUAUGAUAUACAAGAAAGGAAAACCAACACCAAUGGUGAGAAUGAAAUCUUUUUUGCAUUAAAUGCAAAAAAGAUUUCAUUCUCACCAUUGUUAACGUUACUGAAGCAGACGAGGGAAUGUAUAAAUGUCAGUGGCUCUGCGACCGUCACUACCCCAGCUUUUCCAGGUCUUCAAUUAUCCAGCUGAAAGUAUUUCCUCCUUCAGAAGAAGGUACUGAUACUCCUGUGAUAUCUAAAGNUUCUUUACAGUGGUAUUUUAACAACAGCUCAGGGGAAUUAAAAUUUGGUGAAAAGUAUGAUAUACAAGAAAGGAAAACCAACACCAAUGGUGAGAAUGAAAUCUUUUUUGCAUUAAAUGCAAAAAAGAUUUCAUUCUCACCAUUGUUAACGUUACUGAAGCAGACGAGGGAAUGUAUAAAUGUCAGUGGCUCUGCGACCGUCACUACCCCAGCUUUUCCAGGUCUUCAAUUAUCCAGCUGAAAGUAUUU